GCGAUACCUAAGACACCCUCCCAGCAGCACCAAUCUUGAAACACUACACUUCCACGUCCAGGUGCUUUGAUGUCCUGGAGCAAUCCGUUUCCUACGCUCCAAUUAUCAUAUCAAGUGGAGGAAUCGCGCCACAGAUCCUGCCCUUAAGGGCUUCUCCGAACAUUCAACAACUCGAUCACUAACCGCACUUCGCCAUGGGUGUCCCCUUCGAAUCCCUUCUUCCUUACGCCAUUAUGGUGGGCAUGUUCGGUGUCACGGGUGCUGGUUUGGCCUCGCUCAAAUACUACACAAACGACUACAAGCGGCCGCGGAGACAGUUGGACGUCUGGGACAGGCAAUUGAUGGAAAGAGACUACAGGAUAACAGGGAAGUUCAGAGGACAGUCGGAUGCUGUGGAAGCGCCGGUGGGAUUUGAAGUAAACAGCAGAUGGAAGGCUGAACCACGAAUCACAUAAGUCGACAUGCUACCCGACACCCAAAACCUCGACGCCCAGACUUGUACGUAUCGAUGAGAGGCAUACAAAGAAUCAGAUGUGGAGAGAAGGGCUGCAUUGCUCAAGAGGCACGCGUCGGCUUCUUUUUGAAAGAGGUAGCCCGGGAUUGUCCCUUCCAGAUGAGAACAAAACAAAUGAUACCAUUAAGAACCAAUAGCGCUCUCCGUGUUGCCACCGUUGGCUUUCAGUAUCAUCGCACUCUCUGCAUUGCAGGCUAGGGCCUCCUUGGAAUAUCAUGAAGUGGCUCCCUUUGUUGAGUGCGCACGGAAUCCUGCGAAAGAACACGGUCAAGCCCUCACGAACUAUCCUUCUGCAAUCUGUAGACCAACACAGAAUGUAGGCUGUAGCGAAUCCUCAGUAGGG